AUGGGCGAGGCACCCUGGGAGUGCUCGCCCUACGCUGCCCACUUGUACGAUGCAGAGGAAGUGAGCUCCCCAGUGCGGGCCCUACCCGGCUUGUGCCCUGCAUACUGCGCGGCCUUCUGGCUGCGGUGCCGCUCCGUGCUGAGCCUCCUGACCGAGGACCCUGCCAGCCUGGCGCUGGAGGGCGACCGCGCCCGCUUCUGCGGCGCCCUGGAGCUGGGCGACCCCACCUACUGCUACCCUGCGGUGCUGGGCAGCGCGGUGCUGAGCCAGGGGCUGGGCCAGGUGCGGGAGGGCGCCCGCGGCUGCCUGCAGCUCUGCCUGCGGGAGGUGGCCAACGGGCUGCGUAACCCCGUGGCCAUGGUGCAUGCCAGGGACGGCUCCCACCGCUUCUUCGUGGCCGAGCAGCGGGGCUGCGUCUGGGUCUUCCUGGCCAACGGCUCGCGGGCCGCGCGCCCCUUCCUGGACCUGCGAGCGGCCGUGCUCACCUCCCCCUGGGCGGGCGACGAGCGGGGCUUCCUGGGCCUGGCCUUCCACCCCCGUUUCCACGCCACUCGCACCUUCUACGUCUACUACUCCGCCCGCGCCGGGCCCCACGAGACCAUCCGCGUCUCCCAGUUCCGCGUCUCGGCCCACGACCCCAACGCCGCCGACCCCCGCUCCGAGAGGAUCCUCCUGGAGGUGCUGGAGCCGGCGGCGAACCACAACGGGGGACAGCUGCUGUUUGGGGCUGACGAGCUGCUCUACAUUUUCACAGGGGACGGGGGGCGAGCGGGGGACCCCUUCGGGGCCUUCGGCAACGCCCAGAACAAGUCGUCCCUGCUGGGCAAGGUGCUGCGGAUUGACGUGGAGCCGGGGCCCGACGACUCCCUCUACCGCAUCCCGCCCGACAACCCCUUUGUGGGGGAGCCAGGGGCCCGGCCCGAGGUCUACGCCUAUGGGGUGCGGAACAUGUGGCGCUGCUCCAUGGACAGGGGUGACCCCACCAGCGGCGCCGGGCGCGGACGCAUCUUCUGCGGGGACGUGGGGCAGAACAAAUACGAGGAGGUGGACAUCAUCGUGCCGGGUGCCAACUACGGCUGGCGGGCGAAGGAAGGGUUCUCCUGCUACGACCAGGCACUGUGCGCCAACACCUCGCUCGAUGACGUCCCCCCCAUAUUCGCCUAUUCGCAUGAGCUGGGGCGCUCAGUGACGGGGGGCUAUGUGUACCGGGGCUGCCACAGCCCCAACCUGCGCAACCGCUACAUCUUCGGGGAUUUCAUGAGUGGGCGCCUGAUGUCGCUGCGGGAGGAGGCUGGCUCCGGGCGCUGGCACUACAAGGAGCUGUGCAUGGGCCAGGGCCAGACCUGCGCCUUCCCUGGCCUCCUCAACCACCACGUACCCCACAUCAUCUCCUUCGCCGAGGACGAGGCCGGUGAGCUCUAUUUCCUCGCCACGGCCAUCCCCACUGCAGCCGUGCCAGCCGGGAUCUUGUACCAGAUCGUGGACCCCUCCAGGUACCCACCGUCCCCCUUUGCCCGCCGGCCCUGGCAGGUUUCUGGGCAAGAAGUGGCCCUGUCUCGCACAGGGCCACCCCCCACAACCCACCCAGCCCCCAACCCCCAGCUGCCCCACAGAACGUUGCUGUCCCCUGCCACCUCCCAUCCCCCCAGGCGGGAGGCUGCGCAUCACCACAGGAAGAUGGGGCCCCGGAGGCGGCUGGGGGCAAAGCGCCCCACCUGGCAGCUGCCCCCUGGCACGGUGCAGCUGGUGCACAGGGGUGCAGUGCCCGGGAGGGGCCGGCUGGAGAUCCUGGUGGGGGGCCAGUGGGGCACAGUCUGCAACGAUCUGUUCGACAAGCAGGCAGCCGCUGUGGUGUGCCGGCAGCUGGGCUACGGGCAGGCAUUGCGGGUGGCCCGCCGGGCGGAGUUCGGGCAAGGGGCCGCGCUGCCCAUCCUGCUGGACGAUGUGCAGUGCCAGGGCUCGGAGCGCAGCCUGCUGGAGUGCCAGAGCGCCCCCCCCGGGCAGCACGACUGCGCCCACAGCGAGGAUGUGGGGGUAGUGUGCGGGCACUGGGAGCGCCAGGGGCUGCCUGUAACUUCUGCCGCCUUCCUGCCUCCCUGGGCUCUGGCAGGGGGGCAUUAA